AUGGCUGUUCCUGUUGAAGAGGCAAUUGCUGCUUUAUCCACAUUCUCGUUAGAGGAUGACCAACCAGAAGUUCAAGGCCCCGGAUUCUGGGUUUCCUCUGAAAGAGCUUUCAGUAGUAGCCCUAUUGAAUAUAGUGAUGUUUCGGCCUAUCGACUUUCUUUGUCAGAAGACACUAAAGCCAUUAAUCAGCUGAAUUCGUUGAUUCAAGAAGGGAAGGAAAUGGGAUCAGUGCUGUAUACUUACCGAAGCUGCGUAAAAGCCCUUCCCCAGCUACCAGAGUCAAUGAAGCAAAGCCAGGCUGACUUGUAUCUGGAAACUUAUCAAGUUCUUGACUUGGAAAUGAGUCGUCUGCGAGAAAUCCAGCGCUGGCAAGCAUCAGCAUCGGCUAAGCUAGCUGCAGAUAUGCAACGAUUUUCCAGGCCCGAGCGGCGGAUUAAUGGUCCUAGUAUAACCCAUCUCUGGUCUAUGUUAAAGCUACUUGAUGUAUUGGUCCAACUUGAUCAUCUUAAAAAUGCAAAAGCAAGCAUCCCAAAUGACUUUUCUUGGUAUAAGAGGACAUUUACACAAGUCAGCGUACAGUGGCAGGAAACCGACUCCAUGAGGGAGGAAUUGGACGACUUACAGAUCUUCUUGAGCACUAGAUGGGCAAUUUUACUGAACCUGCACGUUGAAAUGUUUCGUGUAAAUAAUGUGGAAGAUAUUCUUCAGGUUCUUAUAGUAUUUGCAGUCGAGUCGCUAGAAUUGGACUUUGCUCUUCUGUUCCCGGAGCGGCACAUUCUUCUUCGUAUUUUGCCUGUACUCGUUGUCUUAGCGGCAUCAUCAGAGAAAGACAGCGAGUCCUUGUAUAAGAGGGUGAAAAUCAAUAGAUUGAUCAAUAUAUUUAAGAAUGAUCCUGUUAUUCCUGCAUUCCCUGAUCUUCACUUGUCCCCAGCUGCUAUACUGAAGGAACUAUCUGUGUACUUCCCUAAAUUUUCAUCCCAAGCUCGCCUUCUCACUCUUCCAGCAACCCAUGAACUUCCACCACGUGACGCCCAAGAAUAUCCUUUCAAUAUUUUGGAAGUCCGACACUAUUUGAUCAUCAACCACAUCGGGACAAUACGCUCUGAACAUGAUGACUUCUCCAUACGUUUUUCUUCGGCUAUGAAUCAGCUGGCGUUGCUAAGAUCCAUUGAUAACGCAGAUGUCGAGUGGGUGAAGGAAGUCAAGGGGAAUGUAUAUGACAUGGUUGUUGAAGGUUUUCAACUCUUGAGCAGAUGGACUUCACGUGUUUGGGAACAAUGUGCAUGGAAAUUUUCUCGUCCAUGCAAGGAUCCUCCGGUUCCAAUGGAGUCUAAUGGGACACCAAUAUCUGACUACGAAAAGGUGGUACGAUAUAAUUAUAGUUCUGAGGAAAGGAAAGCGUUAGUUGAACUUGUUAGCUACAUCAAAAGCAUUGGAUCAUUGCUACAGAAGGUUGAUACCUUAGUGGCUGAUGCACUGUGGGAAACUAUCCAUGCUGAAGUCCAGGAUUUUGUGCAGAAUGUGCUAGCCAGUAUGUUGCGCACCACCUUUCGUAAGAAAAAGGAUCUUUCCAGGAUUCUUUCUGAUAUGCGAACGCUUUCAGCUGAUUGGAUGGCAAACACAAGUAAACCUGACCCUGAUUUACAAUCAUUUCCACAUGGUGGGGAAGAGAGCAAAGUUAACUUUUUCUAUCCCAGGCCUGUAGCACCAACUGCUGCACAGGUUCAUUGCUUGCAGUUUCUGAUAUAUGAGGUGGUUUCAGGCGGUAACAUGAGGAAACCUGGUGGUCUCUUUGGAAACACUGGCUCUGAUAUUCCUGUAAAUGAUUUGAAACAGCUUGAAACUUUCUUCUACAAGCUUGGCUUUUUCUUGCAUGUACUUGAUUAUACAGCUACAGUUGCUACUUUAACAGAUCUUGGCUUUUUGUGGUUUAGAGAAUUUUAUCUGGAAUCUUCUCGUGUUAUACAGUUCCCAGUCGAAUGUUCCCUUCCAUGGAUGCUUGUGGAUCAUGUGAUGGAGUCUCAAGCCUUGGGUCUUCUUGAGAGCAUUUUGAUUCCAUUCGAUAUCUAUAAUGAUGCUGCUCAUCAAGGACUAGCCAUCCUCAAGCAGCGCUUUCUCUAUGAUGAAAUUGAAGCUGAGGUGGACAAUUGCUUUGAUAUAUUUGUUUCCAAGUUAUGCGAUUCAGUAUUCACAUACUACAAGAGCUGGGCAGCCAGGCAACUGUUGGACCCUUCUUUCUUGUUUGCCUUGGACAUUGGUGAAAAGUUUUCAGUUCAACCAGUGAGAUUUACUGCCCUUCUACAAAUGACCAGAGUGAAGUUGCUUGGAAGGACCAUUGACCUGAGGAGCUUGAUUUCUGCGAGAAUGAACAAAAUAUUCAGAGACAACAUCGACUUUUUGUUUGACCAUUUUGAAUCUCAGGAUUUAUGUGCUAUUGUGGAACUGGAGAAGCUUCUCAGCAUCUUACAACUUGCUCAUAAUCUACUAUCCAAAGAUCUUACAAUGGAUUCAUUUGAUCUUAUGUUGAAUGAAAUGCAAGAGAAUGUUUCCCUUGUUUCGUACUCUAGUAGACUUGCUUCACAGAUUUGGACGGAAAUGCAAAAUGAUUUCUUGCCGAAUUUUAUCGUCUGCAACACAACUCAGCGUUUUGUUCGAUCAUCAAGAGUUCCUUUGGUUCCUGUACAGAAGCCGUCACCCCCCUACACAAAGCCAUACUUGUACUGUGGUACUCAAGAUCUUAAUUCAGCUUACCAGAGUUUUGCUCGAUUACAUAGUGGAUUUUUUGGGAUGCCUCACAUGUAUUCGAUUGUGAGGCUGCUUGGUUCCAGGUCAUUGCCUUGGCUUAUAAGAGCAUUACUGGAUCAUAUAUCGAAUAAGGUAACUGCUCUGGAGCCUAUGUUUACCGGACUGCAAGAAGCUUUGCCAAAGUCUAUUGGAUUACUUCCUUUUGAUGGUGGUGUAGCAGGUUGUAUGAAGACAAUCAAAGAAUAUCUCAAUUGCUGGCAGUCGAAGAUGGAGUUAAAAGCCGAGGUUCUUCAUGGAGUCAAGGAGAUUGGAAGCAUAUUGUACUGGAUGGGGUUGCUUGACAUUGUUCUGAGGGAAGUGGAUACCACUAGUUUCAUGCAGACAGCCCCUUGGUUGGGCUUGAUACCUGGUACAGACGGACAGAUCUUGCAGUCUGAAGAAGCAGGAGAAAGCCCUGUUGUUACAUUGUUUAAAUCAUCAACGGCUGCAAUUGUAUCAGACCCUGGCUGCCGAAAUCCAAAAUCAUUUCAGACCAUGUCAAGACAAGCAGAAGCGGCUGAUCUCUUGUACAAGGCCAAUAUCAAUGCUGGAAGCGUCCUGGAGUACGCUCUUGCCUUCACAAGUGCAGCUUUAGAUAAAUAUUGUAGUAAAUGGAGUGCAGCUCCAAAGACAGGGUUCAUCGAUAUCACAGCUUCCAAGGACUUCUAUCGUUUAUUUAGUGGUCUCCAAAUAGAAUAUUUGGAAGACACUGCACAAAUGCAGCCUAACAACCAAGAUAUGUUGGGUGACUCAGUUGCUUGGGGUGGUUGUACGAUAAUCUACUUACUGGGUCAACAGCUUCAUUUUGAACUUUUUGAUUUUUCUCACCAAGUCCUCAAUGUGGCAGAGGUGGAGGCAGCCACACCGAUCCACAAGAGUUCCCACCCUAUCCAGGUGUUUGGCGGCCUUUUAGAAGCUAUGAAGAAAGCAAGGCGGUUGAAUAGUCAUGUGUUUUCAAUGUUGAAAGCUCGCUGUCCACUGGAAGAUAAACAAGCUUGUGCGAUAAAACAAAGUGGUGCACCAUUACAUCGGAUCAAAUUUGAGAACACAGUGUCGGCCUUCGAAACUCUGCCACAAAGAGGUGCCUGA